AUGGUGAACCGAAGUAAUAUACUUCAGACUUGGACACCAGUUUCCGAAAAAUGGGAGAUGCUGUCUUCAACCCGGUGUGCUUGUUUUCACUUGAUCAAUUCUAUUUUCUCUUCAAACUCCAAUUUCAAAGCUUUAAGGCACAUGAUAAGAUCUCAACCUAGACGUCUUCAUAAUCAAAGUGACCUACAAAGCUUGUCUAAUGCUUUUUAUAAUCAUCAUAAUUUCCAAUCUCAACAUAACCCAAAUUCACUUCUUUCAUCAGUAAUAAGGUCUAUAACCUUAUGCGCUUCAAUACCCAUUUGCCGGUUGAUCCAUUCAAGAGUUGUUAAGUGUUUAAACUACAACGACGGAUUCAUUGGUGACAGACUGGUGUCACUUUAUGCAAGAUUAGGAAGCAUCAAGGAUGCACACCACCUGUUUGAUGAAAUUCCUAACAAGGAUUUGGUAUCCUGGAACUCGAUCAUUUCCGUAUUUUCUCAAAAAGGGGAAGUAAGUUUAAGCCUAAAUGCAUUCUAUAGAAUGCGACAUGAGUAUGAAAUGAACCCAAAUGAGAUAACUCUCAUUUCCUUGAUUCCAGCUUGUGAAAUUCUGGAAGGUAGUUACCUUCAUGGUUUUGCUGUAAAAAGUGGCUUAUUAUCCGAAACAAAAGUCUUGAAUUCUCUUAUCAACAUGUAUGGCAAAUUCGGUCAUUUGAAUACGGCUUCUAAAUUAUUUGACACAAUCAAGUCGCCAAAUUUGGUCUCAUGGAAUUCAAUUAUCAAUGUUCAUAUUCAAAGUGGGCUUAUGGAGGAUUGUAUUUGGUAUUUUAACUCAAUGCGAAGAGUUUCCAUUUACCCUGAUCAAGCUACCAUUGUUACAAUACUUCACGGUUGUGCCGAUAUAGGCGUUGGAAAACUAGUAGACACAUUUCAUGGUAAUAUUUUAUGUUGCGGUUUAGAUACAAAUAUUCCAAUUUUGACCACAUUGUUGACCGUGUACGCGAAAUCUGGAAGAUUAUCGGAUUCAUGCGAACUCUUUAAACAAAUGAAAAAUCCCGAUACGAUCGCGUGGACUGCUAUGCUUGCGGGAUACACGAUCCACGGGUAUGGAAAACAAGCGAUCGAGCAUUUCAAGCUCAUGAUCCAAAAAGGUCUAAAACCAGAUCAUGUCACUUUCACUCAUUUGUUAAGCGCGUGUAGUCAUUCAGGUCUUGUAAAUGAAGGACAACAUUUUUUUAACAUCAUGUCUAGUGUUUAUGGAAUUGAACCUCGGUUAGAUCAUUACUCUUGCAUGGUUGACCUUUUUGGUAGGUCCGGCCGUUUGAAAGACGCACGUGUUUUAAUCGAUUGCAUGCCAAUGGAGCCCAAUUCGGGUGUUUGGGGAGCACUUUUAAACGGUUGUAAAGUUUAUAACAACAUCGAGCUCGGUGAAGAAAUUGCAAGAAAGUUAUUUACAUUAAGCCCCUUGGAUUCUAGAAAUUACAUUAUGCUAUCGAGUAUGUACUCGAAAGCGGGUCGUUGGGGCGAUUUUUCAAAAGUUCGGGGGUUAAUGAAAUCGAAAAAUCUUGUAAGAACUGCGGGGUGUAGUUUUAUUGAACAUGAGCACAAAGUUUAUCGGUUUGUUGUGAGUGAUAAAUCACACAUGGAUUUUGUGCGUAUUUACAAUAAGUUAGAUGAAGUUAUGGCGAAAAUUCGGGAAGUGGGGUAUACGUUGAAUAAGGAGUUUGUCUUACAUGAUGUUGAAGAAGUUAAAGAUGAUAUGGUUGGGGAACAUAGUGAGAAGUUGGCUAUUGCAUUUGGUUUGUUGGUAUGUAAUGAGAAAAUGCCGAUUGUGAUUAUGAAGAAUUUGAGGAUUUGUGGUGAUUGUCAUAACAUGGCGAAGUUUGUGUCGCUUGUGGAAAAGCGUGAGAUUAUUAUUCGUGAUACGAAGCGGUUUCAUCAUUUUGCUAAUGGGUUAUGCUCUUGUGGAGAUUAUUGGUAA